AGGCGGUGCAUCCGAGACCAGGCCCAAUGGAGGGAGAGGCGGUUACCUGACCAACCGACGCCGGGGAGCUGCGGGCCCGGCUCCGGCUGAAAAGAUGGCGGUCCUGGCGCCUUUAAUUGCUCUGGUGUAUUCGGUGCCGCGACUUUCACGAUGGCUGGCACGACCUUACUACCUUUUGUCAGCCCUGCUCUCGGCUGCCUUCCUACUCGUGAGGAAGCUGCCCCCGCUCUGCCACAGUCUCCCCACGCAACGCGAAGACGGCAACCCGUGUGACUUUGACUGGAGAGAAGUAGAGAUCCUGAUGUUCCUCAGUGCCAUUGUGAUGAUGAAGAACCGCAGAUCCAUCACUGUGGAGCAGCAUAUAGGCAACAUCUUCAUGUUUAGUAAAGUGGCCAAUGCAAUUCUUUUCUUCCGCCUGGAUAUUCGCAUGGGCCUGCUUUACAUCACACUCUGCAUAGUGUUCCUGAUGACGUGCAAGCCCCCAUUGUAUAUGGGCCCUGAGUAUAUCAAGUACUUCAAUGAUAAAACCAUUGAUGAAGAACUGGAGCGGGACAAGAGGGUCACUUGGAUUGUGGAGUUCUUUGCCAAUUGGUCUAAUGACUGCCAAUCAUUUGCUCCUAUCUAUGCUGACCUCUCCCUCAAGUACAACUGUACAGGGCUAAAUUUUGGGAAGGUGGACGUUGGACGCUACACUGAUGUUAGUACCCGGUACAAAGUGAGCACAUCACCCCUCACCAAGCAGCUCCCUACCCUGAUCCUGUUCCAAGGUGGCAAGGAGGUCAUGCGGCGGCCACAGAUUGACAAGAAAGGACGAGCUGUCUCUUGGACUUUCUCUGAGGAGAAUGUGAUCCGAGAAUUCAGCUUGAAUGAGCUCUAUCAACGGGCCAAGAAGCUGUCAAAGGCUGGAGAUAAUAUCCCUGAGGAGCAGCCUGUAGUCCCAACCCCCGCUGCAGUGCCAGAUGGGGAAAGCAAGAAGGAAAAAUAGGAUCCCUGCCCUGUCAGUGCUUCCUCUCUUGUCAGUGCCAGGAAUUUUUGAGGCCCUGCCCCUUCUCUAACCACAAGCCUUGCCUGCGGCCUCAGCCCUUUGUUUAUGUUUUCUCUGUUUGGCUGUGCCUGGGUGGGGCAGGGCACUGCUUCUGAUUUUAAAGAGGCAUCAUGGGAAUUGACAGGCCUCCUCCAGGAAGGGCUCCACUGCUGUUGCACUGGAGGAAGGGAGAGAUGUCAUAUGAUGGAGGAGGAAAUGCUUUCCCUCCAAGCUUGGGUCAGUGUGUCAGCUGCUGUCCACCACUCACACAUCACCACAGUGAGGUUUCAUUACUCCUCUUCGUGGACUUACACAGCCUACUUAGAUACUUAGAUUAAGUAAAUCCUAAUAUAAGAUGCUGGGGUACGGAGUCAGCACUAAGGUUUUUCCCUCAAGGACCCUUGCUGCUUUAGGCCCUUCUGGCUUGGUCUGUGGCCUUCAUUAAAAAGUAUAAGCUUAACUUUGUCACUGCUCCCAAGGAGAAACCUUUAACCACAGAGUUUUCUCAUUGAAGAUAGUAAUGAAUAAUCCCCCUAUUUUGUGGAGAGUGGGAGGUAGUGGGGCCUAGAGGAGAAAGUCCCUGGGUAAGAUUGGGGUUUCACUUACCCUUCUACCUGCUCACCACACCCGGUUGAUGGUUUUCCGUAAUAAAAGAGACUGGAAUUUCCUUUUGA